CAAUGCUCCAGGACGCUGGUCACCGAUCCUUUCUAGUACAUAUACCGUCACCCAAGUCUCUGAAACUUACCGCUCCUUCCGAGAUGUUCUCGCUCUCCAGCGCAGACCACACAGCUGCCUGCGCGCGAAAGCAGCAAGCUAUUGCUGACCUCCUCACCCGCUACGCGCCCCUGUAUGAUAAGCCGAUCACAAAGAAGGACGCAGACCUUCUUAGAUUAUCUCUCGUGGACCUGGCUGAGAGUUGUACGAAUGGCGAGCUAUCGCCUUCGGACGUUCUCGAUACAUAUGGGAAGAAGUGCCUAGCCGCACAUACCAAAACAAACUGUCUCACAGAUCUCAUGUUCGGUGAGGCGCUUCUUUCAUACGCCCCUAAUCGUCCAUUGUCGGGCGUUCCGGUCAGCUUGAAGGAUGUUGUCGACAUCGAAGGACAUGACACCACCGUCGGUUUCUCUUCCAAGGCCAACCGGCCGGUCUCAUCUUCAGCACCAAUCGUUCAACUACUCAAGGACGCAGGUGCCCUUGUUCACGUUAAGACGACGGUACCUACAGGCCUCCUUUCCUUCGAAUGCGCAUCCAAUCUCUUUGGCACCACGACAAACCCAUACAAUGCGCACUUUUCGCCCGGUGCUUCGACCGGCGGCGGCGGCGCUUUGCUCGCAUGCGGUGGGAGCAAGGUCGAGAUCGCCAGCGAUAUUGGCGGAAGCGCCAGACUCCCUUCAGCGUACUGCGGCGUAUACGGCAUGAAGGCUUCUUCAGGACGUUUCCCAACGCUAGGCGUCCAGACAUGCGCGCCCGGACUUGAUCGCAUACAGACUGCAUCCCCAAUGGCGAAGAGUCUCGACGAUCUCCAAGCGUUCUGGGAGCGAGUGGUGAAAAUGAAACCCUGGGAAUAUGACCACACGUGUGUUCCAAUCCCGUGGCGAUCCGUAGACUUCGUAUCUGAAGGCCGGAAACCGAAGUGGGGCGUCAUAUGGAACGAUGGGCUCAUUACACCCACUCCUGCGUGUAAACGUGCUCUCCAGCUCGCCGUGGAUGCGUUACGACAGCAGGGACAUGAGGUCGUUGACUUUGAGGGACCGGACCCGCUCGAAGGUCUGACAAUAGGCUUUCCUCUCACACUUGCAGACGGAGGCAGCUCUGUGACGUUUCCCAUCUCAUCUGGAGAAACCAUAAAUCCUGCGAUCUCGGCUCUCCUUACUACUGCCAAACUCCCUUCCCUCGUCAAGCGACUCGUUGUGAACUGCCUCCGCUGGUUCUCCUCACCGCCUGGGCGGAAUGAUGCAUAUGCGAGGCUCAUAGAGUGCUUGCACCCCUGCUCUAUCGCAGAUGAGCGAAAGCUUAGCAUCCUCGUUGAAGAGUACCGAACAAGAUGGGCGGGUGCCAUGACAGAGCAGGGCGUCGACUUCAUCCUGACGGUACCGCAUGCGCUACCACCCAUGCCCAAGGAUGGUACAGGCACCGCUACUCUACUUUCUGCCAACUACUGCUUCCUCUAUAACAUUCUCGAUUACCCUGCUGGAGUCGUCCCGACGACCUUCGUGGACGACAAGCUAGACGUGCUGCCUCCAAAUUUUAUAAGCAGCAAAACGUACGCGCGCUUCAACGAUGCUGAACGAGCGAUAUACUCGCUAUAUGACCCACAAUCGAUGCACGGUCUCCCUCUCGCGGUGCAAAUCGUGGGCAAACGCUUCGAGGAAGAGAAGGUGCUAGAAGGCAUGCAAGUCGUCGAACGUGCUCUCAAGGCUUCUGGCAAGCCUUUUAUACAGAAGGACUUUUGAUCAGCAGCUGUGUUGCAAGGUCUAAGUUCUCGUACUCUAUGAAAACUGCCACUUCACGGUCGAUCUUUUUCUUGGAAUUGGAUGGUUGCUACGCCUCGUUGGCACUAAUCUUCGGCUACUGUUGCAGUCUCCUUUCUGUCUCUACGCCCUCCUACAUUAUAUACAUU